GUCCAAUGGGAUGAAUGGACUGUAAAUAGGAGCCAAUGGGGUGCAAGGGGCGGCUAUAAAAGGCUGACCGCGCUCUAAUCCGCCGCAGCAGCAGAAUCGGAUCGGAUCGGACCGGACCAGAUUCCUUCAGACCGCAUCGCCCGACCGGAACCUCAGCAGUCGCCAUGCCUUUCGGGAACACGCACAACAAGAUGAAGAUGAACUACUCGGCCGAGCAGGAGUUCCCCGACCUGAGCCAGCACAACAACCACAUGGCCAAGGUGUUGACGCCCGAAAUGUACGCCCAGCUGCGGGACAAGGAGACACCCAGCGGCUUCACCCUGGACGACACCAUCCAGACGGGCGUGGACAAUCCAGGUCACCCGUUCAUCAUGACGGUGGGCUGCGUGGCGGGAGACGAGGAGACCUACGAGGUGUUCCGGGACCUCAUGGACCCCAUCAUCGAAGACCGCCACGGGGGCUACAAACCCGAUGACAAGCACAAGACCGACCUCGACCCAGAGAACCUGCAGGGCGGAGACGAUCUGGAUCCCAACUACGUUCUGAGCUCUCGGGUUCGGACCGGCCGGAGCAUCCGCGGCUUCUGUUUGCCGCCUCACUGCAGCCGCGGAGAACGGCGCGCUAUCGAGGACCUCGCCAUCCAAAGUAUGACGCCACUUCCUCCCAUCCAUCUGCAGCGCCCCCUGCUGGUUUGCGCUUGUGAUGACUUUGCAGGUCUGGACGCUCUGGACGGAGAUCUGAAAGGUCGCUACUAUGCCCUGAAGAACAUGACUGAGGAGGAACAGCAGCAACUGAUCGACGACCACUUCCUGUUCGACAAACCCGUGUCGCCGCUGCUGCUGGCGUCCGGCAUGGCUCGCGAUUGGCCCGACGGUCGCGGCAUCUGGCACAACGACAACAAGACCUUCCUGGUGUGGGUCAACGAGGAAGACCACCUGCGCGUCAUCAGCAUGCAGAAAGGCGGCAACAUGAGGGAGGUCUUCACCAGAUUCUGUACCGGACUCACCAAGAUCGAGUCGCUCUUCAAGGAGCGAAGUCACGAGUUCAUGUGGAAUGAGCACCUGGGCUACGUCCUCACCUGCCCGUCCAACCUGGGGACCGGCCUGCGCGCCGGCGUCCACGUCAAACUCCCCAACCUUAGCAAGAACGAGCUCUUCGGGGAAGUUCUCAAACGUCUAAGGCUGCAGAAGAGAGGCACAGGGGGCGUGGACACGGCGGCGGUGGGCGGCGUCUUUGACAUCUCCAACGCGGACCGCUUGGGUUUUUCUGAAGUGGAACUGGUCCAGAUGGUGGUGGAUGGCGUCAACCUUCUGGUGGACAUGGAGAAACGCCUGGAGGCCGACGAAGCCAUCGACGACUUGAUGCCCGAGCAGAAGUGAACCUUUCGCCUGUGACACCUCGCACCCCUCACGUAACCUGUCACGCCCGUUACCACGCCGACCCCUGACCCCCUAGACCCCCCACCCUGCCUCCCACGUUAAGCAGAAGCUGAUUUACGGGAUGUUAGUGAGCCACGUAGAAGUCUGACACUCCUUGAUUUUCUAGUUCCCGUUUGGAGCAGCUGAAAUAUCCCAUAAUAACAAUAAUAAUGAUAAAAAUCAUAAUAAUUAUGAUGAUGAUAAUAAAGUCUGUGAAACACCAA